AUGGCCUACUUGCUGAAUGAAUCCGAAUUCGACUGUUUCGACAGCUUACCCGACCCGAUCGUACUCCUUAUCUUCAACAACAUAUCUGACAUCAAGUCUCUCAUUCGCUGUCGAUCCGUUUCCAAGCGGUUCAAUUCGCUUGUCCCUCAGACGGACUCAGUCCUCCUCCGUGUUGACAGGGUAAUCUCCGCCUCCGACUCGGAGUUUGACGAUGGUGUUUCGUUUGUUUUCAAACUCUUCAAGUCGUUGUUCAAGUCAGUUCAGGAUAUCAUUUCGCCAUACAGGUCUUCCUUGCCUGACCCGACCCGGUCACAGAAGUCUCCGACCCAGAUCCUUCGAGGGUUCGACGGGAUAAAGAACCUCCGAAUCGAGCUGCCUUCUGGAGACCUGAGGCUCGAGAAUGGAACAACGAUUAAAUGGGUGGCGAGAUUUGGGAAAACCUUGAAGAGUUGUGUAAUUUUGGGGUUCAAAAAUAGCGGCACGGGUUUGGAAGAAAUGGUGGAUUUUAAUAAUAAUGGUGGCGCCGAUGUUGGACUUGGAGCUGGAGGUGGCCUGAAAAUGCGCGUUGUAUGGACUAUAAGUGCUUUGAUCGCGGCCUCUGCAAGGCAUUACAUGAUGCUGGACGUGAUUAGUGAGCAAAAUCAUCUUACAAAUCUCAUUGUAAACGACAGGGAGAACGAGGGAACUGUAAUAGUGGACAAAGACGGACUGCAAGAAGGCCGGAAUUUGUCCGUCCAGGAAGAAAAAAACGAAAGGAGCAACGUGACUGACGGCGGAUUUUGGUGGAGGACUAAUAGGACGACAGUACCUGCAGUGAGAAUGAGGAUGAGGCACGAGGCAAGAAUGGAACUUUCUGGAGGAAUGAUAAUGGAGGGUGCCACAUUGGUGGUAGUGCGGCCGGUGAGCGGUGGUGUAGAGCGGAAUGAGAUGGAGGAGCAGAGCGGCGAUAUUGAAUUGGCCGCCGAAGCAUUCGGACAAGAAGGAAUUUAUGCUGAGGCUGCAGAGAGAUUGCUCAAGAGCAGAAGUUAUAUUCUUGAAAUGAACUCCUUUUGA